AGCGGCAGGCAGGCGCUGCUGGAACUCUGGAACGCUCCCGGCCGGCCGGAGCACAAACGCUGCGGAGCUGGGGCGGGGGCGGAGGGCCAAGCCUUAUGACCAGGGUGGAGAAGAGAGAGGGUUGCAGAGGCAGCACCCCUGGUCGGGAGGGCGAAAGGGCUGUGGUCCUUCCCUGAGGCAGCAAACCUGGAAAACCCCAAUAAAUUUGUGGACUCCCCUCGACCGACCAAGUCACCGUGGACUAAGUCUAGUCUUGCUUCGGUGUUGAACAGUCACGUUGAUAUUGGAAAUGAAUACCUACCGACAUUAAUGGUCGCAUUAUCUUAUGAAAUGAUGCUGCUGACUUGGACGUUGGCGACACUGUCAAACGAACCGAACCGACGACUGUCGUCUGCAGUCUGCAACGUGCAACGCGGUGCAACGUGCAUGUCGGUGUCGGUUUAGAAGUAAAGGCGUCGAGUGUUUUAGAUUGUAACAUUGUUGUAGUGGGUAUUAUGGACUAGCUUUUUGACUAUUCUUUUAACCAUUCGAAGCUAAUGUGAGUUUCUUCGUGGCUUGAUACCAAGACGUUUGCUAACAUAGCCAACAAGUUGUGACUGUACUGAAAAGACACCUGUGCUGGUUCCUUUACUGACCGAGGAGAAUCAUUAAUUAGGUCGUGCUAUUCUAUAUACACACCACCAUGGCAUAUUCGUGUGACGUGUGCUCCAAGGAGUUACCUUCUAAAAGCCAAUACGCCAUCCACAUGAGAACGCACACAGGAGAGAAGCCCUUUGACUGUGAAAUCUGUCAUUCCAAAUUUGCGCAUAAGCUUAGUCUGCGCAUACAUCUGCGGACCCACACAGGAGAGAAGCCUUUCAAGUGUACAAUUUGCGAAAAGAAAUUUACUACAAGUGGCUAUUUGCACUCGCACCUCCGGAUCCACACAGGGGAGAAGCCCUUUGAAUGUACAAUUUGCAACAAGACAUUUACAUCAAGUAGCCAAUUGCCCAAUCACCUCCGGAUCCACACAGGAGAGAAGCCCUUUGAAUGUACGAUCUGCAACAAAAAAUUUGUGCAGAAGAGCGCCCUGCCCACUCACAUGCUGACCCACACAGGAGAGAAGCCUUUCAAGUGUACUAUUUGCAACAAGAAAUUUAGAUCAAGUACCUAUUUGCGCACACACCUUCGGAUCCACACAGGAGAGAAGCCCUUUGCUUGUCCGGUCUGCAACAAGAAAUUUACAGCCGAGAGCACUUUGCAUGCACACCUUCAGAUCCACACAGAAGAGAGGCCCUUUGAAUGUACAAUCUGCAGCAAGAAAUUUAAAACAAGUUCGUGUUUUCGCAAACAUCUCCGCACCCACACCGGAGAGAAGCCCUUUGACUGUCAAAUGUGCGAGAAAAAGUUUGGGCGAAAUAACCAUCUGACAACACAUAUGAGGACCCACACAGGAGAGAAGCCCUUUGAAUGUACGAUCUGCAACAAGAAAUUUAUAAUAGGAAGCCAUUUGCGCGUACACCUCCGGUCUCACACAGGAGUGAAGCCCUUUGAGUGUGAAAUUUGCCGCAAAAAAUUUGCGUCCAAGUCCUCCCUGCUCACACACGUACUGACCCACACAGGAGAGAAGCCCUUCAAGUGUGCAGUCUGCAACAAGAAAUUUACAAGUAGCACACAGUUGCGCACACACCUCCGGACCCACACAGGAGAGAAGCCUUUCGAGUGUACAAUUUGCAAAAAGAAAUUUACUACAAGCAGCCAAUUGCGCACGCACCUCCGGACCCACACGGGAGAGAAGCCUUUCGAGUGUACAACUUGCAAAAAGAAAUUUACUGUAAGUUGCAGUAUGCGUCUUCAUCUCCGGACCCACACAGGAGAAAAGCCCUUCAACUGUACAAUCUGCAAUAAGCAAUUUUCACAAAAAGUAAACUUGCAAGUACAUUUCCGGAAUCAUACAGAGGAGAAGCCCUUCAAAUGUACGGUCUGCGACAGCAAAUUUGCUUCUAGUAAAGGCUUGCGCUGUCACCUGCGGACCCACACAGAAGAGACGCCUUUCGAGUGCACAAUCUGCAACAAGAAAUUUAGAUCAAAAAGCACUUUGCAUAGUCAUCUCGAGACCCACGCAGUUAUUCUGUCUGAACCGGAACACGUUUGAGUGGUGGUGACCGUCAGCAUGAACAUCGUUGAAUAUACGCGGAUCGGAAAUAGCUUAAUUCCAUUAAUUUUAAAUGUCAUUUUUCACGAGUACUUUUUGUUGUAAUUCUUCCAUAUCUCAUUCUAUGUCUCAAAGUCGUUUGAAUUUAUUUAUUAGUUUGAAGUUAUGCCAUUGCUGGCGUUUUCUUUAGUUUAAGUUUUUCCCCGGGAAAAAUUGACUUACAAAUCUGCGGGAAAGGUUUUUAGAAGCAGUAUCGCAAGGGCCACAAAAUUGACUUGGUUCCUACCUUGUAAAAGAAAAUAAAUAAAAUACUUGUUUUGAAAAGA